AAAGUCAGUGAGAAGGUUGGCGGGGCAGAAGGAACCAAACUAGAUGAUGACUUCAAAGAAAUGGAAAAGAAGGUGGACGUCACCAGCAGAGCAGUGUUGGACAUCAUGACCAAAACUACAGAAUACCUACAACCCAAUCCAGCGUCCAGAGCCAAGCUGACUAUGAUCAACACCAUGUCAAAGAUCCGAGGGCAGGAAAAGGGACCUGGGUACCCGCAGGCUGAGACCGUCCUGGGCGAUGCCAUGUUGAAGUUCGGACGGGAGUUAGGGGAGGAGUCCACCUUCGGUUUGGCGCUGAUCGACGCCAGCGAGGCGAUGAAGGAGCUCGGGGAGGUGAAGGACGCUCUCGACAUGGAGGUCAAACAGAACUUCAUCGACCCGCUGCAGAACCUCCACGAUAAAGACCUAAAAGAGAUACAGCACCAUUUGAAGAAGAUGGAGGGCCGGCGUCUGGACUUCGACUACAAGAAGAAGCGUCAGGGGAAAGUCCAGGACGACGAAAUCAAACAGGCGCUGGAGAAGUUCGACGAGAGCAAAGAGAUCGCAGAGCAGAGCAUGUUUAACCUGCUGGAGAGCGAUAUAGAGCAGGUUAGCCAGCUGGCAGCGCUGGUUCAAGCUCAGUUGGAAUACCACAGCCGCUCUGCUGAAAUCCUGCAACAGCUCUCCAGCAAGAUGGAGGAGAGGAUAAAAGAAGUGUCCAGUAAACCGAGGAAGGAGUACACUCCUAAACCCAGAAUGACCCUGGAGCUGCUGCCCCCCAGCGAGAGCCACAACGGAGGGAUACACUCUGCCAAAUCGCCCGGAAGAUCACCAGCCCCCAUGGACCAGCCCUGUUGCCGAGCACUCUACGACUUCGAACCCGAGAAUGAGGGCGAGCUGGGCUUUAAAGAGGGCGACGUCAUCACCCUGACCAACCAGAUCGACGACAACUGGUACGAAGGCAUGAUCAACGGCCAGUCGGGAUUCUUCCCAAUCAACUAUGUGGAUAUCCUGGUGCCGCUCCCUCAUUAGGUCCCGCCAAUGACCUGACCCUUCCCCCCUACCAAUCCAGACACCCCGAAAACAGCCUGUAUUUGCGUAAAACAACAAACCACGCCCUCCUUCUUCUUCUUCUUCUGUGCUUCUGUGCGAUUCUGCUUUCACAAAACGGACCAAAAUGACUGCAACAGAGACGGAGAUGGUGUGGACGAGGCGACGCAGUUGGACAGUGAUCGGAGGACAAGAGGAUUUUAGCGUGAGAGAUGCAGAAGAGAGGGAGAAGAGAGGGACUGAAAGAGAUGAGAAGAUGAGGAGAUGCUGAUCUUUUACAGCACAGUGCUCACUCAGUAGUGCUCCGUUCAGCCGGGCAGCGCUCGAUACCAAUGAGGCUUUGGAGACUUGCGAAUAAGGCACAGUGUAUCUGUAUGUGCAUGUAUGUGUCUGUAUGUGCGUUUCGACCUGUUCUUACUCUAUAAUGAUCAAGCCAGCACAAAUUCCUGCUAGUCAGUUAAACUGCCUAACAGCUUUUUUGUGAUACUGUCUUCUUCUUAAGUUUCUUGCUGUCUUUCUCUGAAAGUACUUCUGUCUUUUCUACCUUGACUUGCCUUCCUGUGCUUUUCUUCAGCCCUAGAUUUCUCUAAACUUUGUCUUUCUUUGUUCCUUCUUUCCUUGGCUAGCACUGCCUUUCAGCAUGGCUCCAUACUGUAAACAGACCUCUAACCCAUGAUCCAGAGCUACAGUAGGUCAUCAGACCCUCCUGGUUUUGUUUGAGUACCCUUGUUACAUACUCUGCCUUUUCUCAGAGUCUGCAUCAGAUCUCUGGCUGUAAGCAUGAACCAGCCAAAUCAAAGAUUUGAGGGACAAGAUGCCAGUGAAAUUUGGUUUUCGGGAGUACGUCGUCAGAAUUAAGCCGUUUCUGCAACAAGUAGAUUUUUCCAGAAUGAAGAAGAGAAUACUUGGUCGCUUGUUUUGAAACCUGUUUAUCUUAUAAUGGGAAUUAUAGCAGGUUUGAGGGUCAAGAAACUCAUUAAACUCAUCAUUAAACAUGUCAGCUCAAGCGAUGAAAAUGAAAACUCUGGGGUACAUGAUUUCUCCGACAGCAGCGAUAUGCUAACACAACCAGCACAGGCCAGUUGUAUUGAACAGAACUUUUCACCAGGUUGGCGCACAGAUGAGUCAUGGGUUAUUACCGCAGGCAUAGAGGAAAAGAUGCUUGUUUUUUCUCUGUAUACUAUUUUGAGUUACCCAUUCACAGUGUUUUGUGUUUACUGUGUGGAGUAGAUGCUUGUUGAUUUGUCUUAUUCGUGGCUCUUGCAUGCAAGACUGAACAGUGGUAGCUUCUCUAAAAGUCCUGUUUUAACAUGAAUAAUACUCAUUGUGUCCGCAACAAAUCCUACAUUAAGACAUCAUGUGAUUUUCCCACUGCCCUUAACUCUACUAAACAUUCUAGAACUCGCAGAAAUUCUAGAGUGCUGACAGAAUUCUGGAACCUUCAGAACACUCUUGAUAUCUCUAUGUCUUAGACUUAUUUAAACAUUCUAGAAGCUUGGCAACAUUCUGUACCUCUCAGAACAUUACAUCAACUGAAAUGUCUCUGUAAAGUUUGUCAACCCAAGUAUUAGAAUAACUGAACAUUAUAGUACCUUGACAGUAUUCUCACCCACAGAAUAAUCUAGAAAUUUUUGAUCGUUACAGAAUCUUCAGUUCAGACAAAAGAUUCGCAACAAGACAAGUUGAAACUUGCAGCUAUCUGCAAAGUGCCAGUCUGCAACAUUAUGAAACCUGCCAGUUUAACCAAUAUGACUAGACGAGACGUAUAUCGCCUUUAUAGCAACGACUCUCUGUACCUCUGUCCUAACUGCCAGCUUUUUAGGCUUUUUAUGUAGCUGGAUAUCAUUUGUAGUAUCUUAUAAUAUGAAUGAGGAUAGUGUGUUACUUGCUACAUUUUUAGUAUUGAUCGAAUGGCGAAAACAUAAAAAACCGAGGGGGUCGAGAAUUUGGAACCGUCCAUGGGUGCUUCAACGAAAUACCCAGGGGGGUCAUUUCAUACAGACAUGGCAGUUCCUUAAACAAAUUGAUGAGGUGAUCCUCUCUUUCCUCUGUCAAAAACUUGACCAGCUGACUAUGCUACGAGCUGAUUGGCUGUUGAAACAGGUGAUGUGCCUUAAGUUCUAAAACCAGCCCCUGGUGAGACAAGCUGAGCAAGGCCAUCAGCCACUUCGAGUCGAGCUGAGAGGGGCCAGUGCACACCACUGCAAAGUUCUCAAUCGGUUUCGUCUCGUCGUGAAUCUUUGAUCUGAACUGAGCUGAAGAAAUUUUAAACAUAAUAGAACCUUUGGGAACCUUAUAAACAUCCUGCAGUGUUCUCAUUAGAAUAUUCUAGAACCCUCAACCCUCAAGUUCCUAUUAGGUUAAAAAAGCAGUCAAUAUUAGUGGUAACUGUUAGCAUCACAUACAGUAUAAAGUGGGACUGUUACUCCACCAAAGUGCUGCCUACCUAUGUGUGCAUGUACCAGCAGUAUUCUUUCGAAGGCCAGUAUUAAGGAGUCUACUCUGACAAAGACCUUAUGAAAAAGGUCAGUUUUAUUUAACGUUAAAGGCUCUUUAAUAAUUGGCACUUCAUUACUGAUUUUAGAUUAAACAAAUAGUGACAACUGCAUUUGAGUUCAACAGCAAUGGAAAUGUUCUAGCAAUGUUAACAGAUCUGUUCAAAUUCAGUAUGGUGCUGGGUUUUUAUCGACUCCAUUGUACAUAACAAAACUGAAUAGUUUCAAAGACCAGUUAUGGCGUAGGAGGCUGAAGUCAGUCAGAUGGAUAGAAUCAUUAUUCUAUCAUUUACCAUGCUAACAUUUUUCAAAUUAAAACAGAAAUUUAAUGGAUAUUAUAAAAUCAAAAAGCUUAGGGUUUUUCUAUCCAGGCAUUAUUUACUACGUCGUCAAACAGCGGCAGGAAUCUGUGCUAGCAUGGCUAAUGCUAAUGUGCCCGUUGUGGCUAACCAGCUAGCCUUUUCGCUUCACAUUCCCGUACUUGCGUUUUUGUGAUGCAGUGUUGAGCAGAAUACAUAAAAACUAAAAGUUUAAAAUGUACAGAUACUUCAUUUUUUGUAUUCUGAAGCUGUAUUCUAAGUACUCGUGUUCCAUCACAACAAAGUGUCAAGAUGCUACUGUAGCUGUUUUUUGCUAAGUCCAUUGUCAAAAAAAAAUUCAAGUAGUGGGACUUUUGUGCAAGCUGCAAUGUUUGUGUUUCUUAAGCUACGUGUCAGAGCCAUACGAUGGGUCACAUCGGUCCGGUUCUUGACAAGUUAGUUGACAAUAGUAAUAAUUUAACAGAAGAAAUAUUUUAUUAAAUAUUUGGUAGGAGGUGGGAAAUAGUUUAAGAGCUCCUCUCUAAAAGCUAAUAAUGGUGUUUUGGACACAAAUAGUAAUAAUGAAAAAAAUAUAAUCUAUCAACAGUCAAUAAACAUUGAAUAGGCAAUAAAUGGUGAUCUAACAAUAAAAUGUUUCAAUAAGUGGAGGAGAUGGCUCUGAAGGAAAAUCUAUCUAUCUAUCUAUCUAUCUAUCUGAAGAGCUUUAGAACUUAGACAUCUCUUCCAUUGCCAAAGCACAUAUGCGACAGCAACAAUACAAUCACAAACCGAGUAAAACAAGCUAAUAGUCUUUCUCUCGUUCUCUUUCCGCCACAUAACCUGCUUUUCUGUAAUUGUAAUUUUUAAGUGUUCAGUGUUUUUUUCUUUUAUUUCCUUCAUUUUGUCUUUGUAUUCUGAGUCUGAAACACGGUUUUCUGAGUCCGCCUGUGAAAAGUCUGUGAGCUGCAUGCAACUGAACCGCUUUACGUCUGCUGUUUUGAGAUGGUUUCCAAAAGAAAUUUAAAUAAAAGGGGGGGGGGGGGGUUCGUCCUGCUGGCUUUUUUCUCACGCUGCAGUGAGCCUAUGUUAACUGACACCCCUCUAUUGUUCUUUUAAUGUAUUUAUUUUUUAUCUUUUGACUUGGUUAAGCUAUAUUUGUAUAGUACUCCUCUUCAAAUUACAAAGUGCUUUAAGACUUUUUUGAGUAUUGAAUGUUUUCAUUUCUUUUGAACCUUUUGCUUUUUGUCUUUUUUUUGUUGUCUUUUGUGCUGAUUUGCCCUCUAUGGCGACAUGUAUUCUAACCUCAAUGAGGGACUUGUACAGUGUUUAUGCUCCAUUUUCCCUUUUCACCUAAAUGAGAGUCAGACCUCGGCCACGUUACCUGCCUGAAGUUAACGUCCACAUCGUUCUCGGACAGAGACAUGACGCCUCUGAAAGCAGAAAUAUUCUCAUUGUUUGGAUAAACUUCGGUUCAGGCACCACUGAAUACAUGUUGGCUGUUUCUAAUGUAAUGACAAAUCAGAACUCAAUAGUUCUCAUUUAAAGUACAUAUUAAGAGACGACUGUUACGUACGUUUGAUUUUCAAACGUAACUGAAAAUAAUAAGCCAAGCAGUUUGGCUAAAUUAAAUGAUGGUUUUACAUAAAUAAGCCAUUAAUAAACAAGUAAAUCACACAAAAUGCAUAAAGAAAUCCUUUAAACAUUUUGGGAAAUACUUUAUUUCACUUUCUUGCUAAGAAUUAGAUGAGAAAAUUGAUACCACUCUCAUAUCUGUGCGUUUAAUAUGAAUCUAGCACUAGCAGCCUGCUAACUUGGCCUAGCUUAAAGGCUGGAUGGCCCGUUCCUGUCCAAUGGCUAAAAAUUAUUAAUUAACUGGUUGAAGGAAUAGUUUGCCAUUUUGGGAAAUAUGCUAAUUUGCUGAGACUCUUAUGUCUGUUUCGGUAAAUAAUGAAGUUUAAGCUAACUUAGCCUAGCUUAAAUACUGGAAACAGGUAAACAGCUAGCCUGGCUGUGUCUAAUUAGUGAAUAAAUCUUAAAUCUGGGGUAAAAACAAUUAAACAUUUAAGAGAUAAAAUCACUUGUUUCAUGUGUAGUGAACCACUGACGGUCCAGAAUCACGAAUACAUUUUAAACACCAAUCAUCAUCGUUUAUGUUUUGUUUAUAUUUGUAACAAAAGUUCCUCUUUAGUCUUUGGAAUUUGCCAGUUUAGCUAACGUUUAGGCCCCGCCCGCUGAUUUUUAAGUGAACCAAUGAGAUUACUUCUGCUCUCGGGGGUUGCUAUAGCUUUAAAGAAACAAACCGUACAGUCUGCGUUAUGGUUGUAAUAACGUGGUCUUGGUCCGACCUGAGGCUGUGUUACAUUAUACUGUAUGCCUCGUGGCUGUAUAAAAUAGCCCCUAUGGAACCUGGUGUCUUCUGGUGAAGGUGUGUAUGUGAGUAUAUACACACCUUGUUGCUAUUUAUUUACGUAUUGUAUGUAUUCAUUUAAAUUAUUUAUUUAUUUAUUCCUGCGUCCUCUAUUUAUUGUUUCGGCACCUGUGACGCGCGUAUUUGGCGGUCGUCAGUACAUUGGUGUAUGAU